UCCAUCUUGCCAACAGUCUCCCUCAAUCCCGGCUGCCCGCUUCCAGCCACCCCUUCCACUCUGCAAGCAGACGUGUCUCGCGACUCGACACGUUCUGCUGCAAAUGAUUCCACCUAACGACAAUGCCGCCCUCGGCCUGUCCUUUGGCUCUGGCGGUCGCGAUGCCGGGCCAUCGACCACUCCAUCAAGCCCCGAGCGGCGUCUGGUCAGCGAGAAUAUGCCAGCCGUGACAAACGCUAAGCAGGAGCUUCACAGCGGUGAUGGACACAAGGCUGGAGCCGGCGUCUUGGCUCACCCAGCUAUCCCCCCGCCCCCAAGUCCCCGACGGCAUCGGAGUGGGGGCCUUUCGCGCAUGCGUGCAGCAUCGGGUGGCAUUGCCUCGAGCAAGAGCUUUGGAGAUUUGAUUCAUGGCUUGACCAUGACAUCUGCUCCUCAACCCAUGGACACAGCCCCCGCCUCGGACGCGCCUCCAAGUAGUUGGAGGAGUGCGAGUGACGGGUCACGGCUCGCGGACGACCAGAUCGAGAACCACGAAGGUGGCGACUACGAUAACAGCGCGCGCUUCUAUCACCGCAUGCACUCGUCUUCGCGGGCAGCGUCACCAACGAGGACAGGCAGCGCUUCGCCAGGGGGGCGUUCCGCGUCAGGAGGCGCCUCGCCUUUGAUCAUGCGCCGCAAUCUCACACUUCCUCCAGGCAGCCAGGGGCACUCGCCAGGCGCUAAUUUAUCGACAUCACUAUCUCCAAACUCGCGGUUUCUCCAACAGCAUCUUCCCCCAACCUUCCCGCUCUCCAACUCGCCGCAGCCAAGUCCAGAUGCUGCCGAUGCUGCAGACCCACUUGCGCUGCCUAUGCCGCAAUCAGCAUUCACAAACGCUCAAGUCAUCCUCACACCAACGACACGAGAAUGGCGCGAACUGAAGGAGAUUGGGCGCCUUGAGGGAGAGGCUGUACCGGACACCGACAGCGACUCAGCUAGUCCGACGUCCCCCGGGAGUGGCAAGAAGCCCGCAACCGGCAACGACUAUUUCUCCAACGCGCGCAGGGACAUGCCCGAUACCCCCGUCACCCCUGGACGUCCAGUUUUCCAGCCAGUGAUCACUGCUGCCAGCCCAAUUCCGCCCGGUGACAAGGGGCCGGAAGGGGGCGAUGGUGCAGGAGAGGUGCCCGCUGUCGUGCUGCAAGACAUGGAUGGCAAUAGUAUCAACGAGGACGAAGCCAUUUCGAUGGACGCGUCUCUGGGGUUCUCAAGCUUUGGCAGAAGUGACUCUCUCCGCAUCAAAACUAGACCCAAUUCCAAGACCCCGAAGGAGAAGACGAAACGCGAGCUCCAGCGCGAACAACUCUUCAAAAUGGUCGACCAGGAAAUAGCAGAGGCGGAACCUGAGCCCGAACCUGGGCAUCGGACGUGGAACAUCCGGGGUGUUGGUAGCGGAGGUGGCCUCGACUCGCGGAUGAGUCGAGACGGCUCGUCUAUGUCUGAUGCGGGUGCGAUUGAACCUGAGAAGAAGUGGGAAGAACCGCCCGUCGAGCUUGGAUCACUCAAGGCAACACCAACCAAGGCGGAGCGCUCGCCCCAGUCCAUGUCCGAGCGUUCGCCUUCCCGCUCACCCGAGGCAGCCCGAACCCUUGCCGCAAUAUCUUCUCCAAAGGAUUCUGCUGCUCGACCUCGUCCAUCUCCUUUGCAAGCCACGUCUGUCGCGGGUGCGACGCAAUCUGGAUCUGACGGGUCUCUCGGCUCGGAUAUUGACUCGGCUCCAAAGAAGGUCGAGCCGGCUCUCCAGUCACCGCCCCCCGAAACGCAGGUCGAGCGCUACGAGGCCAUCCGGCACUACGCGCGACAACUGUCCACCCGCAAGUCAUUAGGCUCGGGACCCUCGCGCCCGCCGUCUCGCGCGCCCUCGCGUCGCGGGUCCUGCGAGGCCGAGGCGACGACGCCGAGAUCGCCUAGGAGACGCGACACGCUGCGUGUCUCGCUCGUCGCGGGGCGUGUCGUCAAACCAGCUGAAUUUCCGGGGCUCUCACCCCUGACUCCUUCAAACCCUGCAGGUGUCAUGUCGGCCAAGUCGACGUUGCAGAGCUUCUCGCCGUUUCGCCGUGCGAGUCCCACCGGAGUGCGGCCGCCACUGUCAACACAGGGAUCGUCGUUUUCUGUUGGCGGAUCGUUUUCGGGCGCCGGGUCGUACGCGUCAAGCAUUCUCGCGCCGAGCCAGCCGCCGACGCCUGCAAAUGAGUCUGCACAGAACGGAAUUGGCGGCAACGGCAUUGACGAUUAUAUCAUCCUCAAGGAGGCGGGCCAGGGAGCUUAUGGCCUUGUGAUGCGGGCCAAGGUCAAGGGUGCCAAAGGCGAGCCCAUCGGUGAUGAGGUCAUAAUCAAGUACAUCAUCAAAUCUCGCAUCCUCGCCGACUGCUGGAAGAAGCACAAGGCGCUCGGCCCGAUUCCAGUGGAAAUCCAUGUCAUGGACUUGAUCCGCCACUUGAUCUACUUGCCCCCAACCAAGCCGCACCCUUGGGACCCAUUCCGAACCAGACGCGACGCUAAUAGCAACGGCGGCGGUGUCCUCGGACACUCAACUCCCGAUCAAGUCGCCGACUCGGCCGCCGUCAGUCGCUCGAGCACCCCGGCAUCGCAGGUGAAUACGACGUCCCGAUACAUCUCGAGUGAGAUCAAGCACGCCCCGGAAAGAGGCCACCCGAAUGUGUGUAAGCUGCUCGACUUCUUCGAGGACCGCGAAUUCUACUACCUGGUGAUGCCGCGGUAUGGGACGGGCGUGGAUCUUUUUGACUACGUCGAAUCCCACCCAGACGGUUUACACCCGUUCGAAGUUCGCAGCUUUGUCGGACAGCUCACAGAUGCCGUGCGUUUUUUGCACACAAACGGCAUUGUGCACCGCGAUAUCAAGGACGAAAAUGUGAUUCUCGACGGUGAAGGCAGAUGCCAGCUCAUCGACUUUGGAUCGGCGGCACACUGGCGGCCGGGCAAGCGCUGGGACACGUUCAGCGGCACACUGCAUUACGCAUCACCGGAGAUUCUGCGCGGCGAGAUGUACGGCGGAAAGGAGCAGGACGUAUGGGCGCUCGGCACGGUAGCCUACGUCCUCCUGGUCGGGGAGACACCAUUCUCCGAGCUGCCGGAUGAGGUCUUCACCGGCCUGGUACCAGGGUCACGCGCCGAGAUGGCACUCGUAGCGCGGUGCGGCUCACCAGACGAGGGUCGCGAGCCAGACGGUGGUGGUUCACUGCGUGAUGCCGCAGACUUCGUGCGCCAGUGCCUGCAACCCGAGGUCAGCGACCGGCCGACUGCGGAGCAGCUUCUGUUGCACAGGUACCUGGCUGGCGGGGCGGGGUGGGUCGGUCACCGUGGGUGGGACCGCAAGGCCUCGCCCGCGCCGAUCACGGUUGUGGCAUAGCUGUUUAGCACUGUGUUUUUAGAGGUAUGGGGGAUAGAACGGCAGAGCGCGGAAAUUGAAGCAAAUCUACAUCUUCAUCUGUCGUAUC